CAAGAGACUUGUUGUUUUACGGCGAAGGUUUAGGUUCGGCACACAUUUCUUUUUGUCGGUCUGUACAUCUUGCUGUUUAGGGCUGAAUUUAAUGCUACAUGGUAUGUCGACUGUUUAAAUCAUCUGUCAAAUAACUCGUCUAUGUGCCCUAGAGGUGUUAGCGUUUUGAAAGACGUAUUGAAAAAUCUUAAAUGUAGAAGACCAAUCAUGCCUUUCUAUGCUGUUGCUAGAGGAAGGGAGGUAGGAGUUUAUCAGUCAUGGAAUAUAUGUCAAGAAUUGACUGCCAACUUUAAGGGAGCUAAGUUCAAGAGGUUUGAAGACAAAGAAAGUGCAUGGAACUUUGUGAAGCAGUUCCGGAAUAAAUCUGUCAAGCCGUCGGACUCUGAAGAGGGUGCCCCGCUGGCCAAACAAAGCAAGAUGGAAAUCGAAGUGAAACCUGAAGACGCCUCCAGUAAUACAUUCGACUUUGCUGCCUUCAACUUACGACUGACCAAUUUGGAAAAUACUUAUCAAGAAAAGAUUCGAUCUCUCGAGGAAAGAUUGAGAGCAUUGGAGAAUAAUAGAGCACAUACAGGCGGCGAGAAGAAAGAAGAAAAUGUUAAAAAAACAGAGUCUGACUCCAGCUCAUCUAAAGCAGGUGAUUCUGGGAUGAGUGCCACCAAACGCAAGCUAUUAGACUCAGCAACUAAACUAAUCAAACCUAAUUCAAGAAAUUACUCUACAUCUUCUCUGAAGAGACUUCGUUCAGAAGAGGACCCUGCCCUGAAUUCAGACUCAAGUUCCUUCGAUGGUGAUACAUCUUCAAACCAGGCUCCUCCCUUCAAAGUUGACUCUGAUGGCUUUGUCAUAGUAUACACUGACGGUGCAUGCCCCAAAAAUGGUUUUAAUGCUACUAAAGCCGGAAUUGGGGUCUGGUUCAAUGACCAACAUCCAUUGAAUGUGUCAAAAGGUGUUACUGGACGUUUCACAAACAAUUCUGCUGAGAUUGAAGCUGCAACAGUUGCUGUGCAGACUGCAGCUCACGCUGGCAUCAGCAAGUUAUGCAUUAUGACAGACUCUCAAUUCUUGAUUAGUUGCAUGACACAAUGGCUUGAUGGAUGGAAGAGAAAGAAUUGGAAGACUGUGAAGAAUGAACCUGUUAUUGUUAAGGAUGAAAUUUUGGCUCUUGAACAAGCUUGCAGAGACUUGGAUGAAGUUAAAUGGGUUCAUGUCAGAGGCCAUGAGGGAGUUUAUGGGAAUGAGAGAGCUGAUGAGCUUGCAAGAAAUGGUGCUGCAAUGUAAUGGAAGUAGGAACAAUUAAAUAAAAAUUUAAGGUCCUUCCUUUUUGGCAUAAUUUGACGAGUA